ACUGAGGACCUGCGGACAGGAUGCGACAGCGGCAGGAGUGAGGGUGGCUGCCGCAGCUAGACUGGCCAGUCCUGACUCAGCUCAAGCAGACAGGGCGGAGGAGCGCCCCUGGAGGAAGGGCCCGGCCUUCAGCAACCUGGGGUUCCAGGCCUACCUACUUGGGUACGCCCAGUUCUGUGAUCUGGGCAAGUUCUGUUCCUCCUCUGAGCCUCAGUUUCCUCCCUGCUUAGCAGAGUAAAAACACGCCUUUUGCUUUGCACCGAAGUUUGCACGCCUCGUAUUUGACAAUGCGCUUGUUCUUCUGGCACACCUGGUUGUGCAAUGUCAGCGUCUAGAAGCAGCUGAGCAGCGAAAGCGGAAACACCCACAGGGCACUCCUCGGGCCCACCCACCUGCGGGAGGCGCCCUGAGACCGAGAGGCUGCCGGGCCCGGGGCCUCUGCCGGCUGCCCUUCGCCUCCCGCACGGCGCUCGCUCGGGGGACGCCCCCAUCCACUGCCCUCCGCAGCCUCAGGCACAAGGGCAAGGCCAGGGAAGCAAAGGGGGCAGCCAUGGCGGAGCCGGAGGCUGUGGCCGAUGACCUAGACGCCCUCAUCGACGACCUGGACUACCUGCCGGGCCACUUUCACCUGGAGAUGCAGUUGAACUUCGAGCCGCACUCGCCGGCGCCGCAGCGCGCCCGGGACAUGAAGCUGCAGCGGGAGGGUCUGCGGCAGGAGCUCGAGCUGGCGGCCGCCCCGCAGCGCCCCGCCGUGCGUCACCUCCUGGGCGCUUUCGCAUUCUACCUGGAGGAGCUGGACGAGGCCCGCGAGUGCUUCCUCGAGGUGACCCGCGAGCACCCGGGCAACCUCAACGCCUGGGCCAAUCUGGCACACGUGUACGGGCGGCUGGGCCAGGAGGAAGAGGAGGAGGCGUGCGCCGCGCGGCUGGCCAGCCUCAUGGGCCUGGCGGAGGAGCCCGAAGCCGCCGGGGACCCCCAGCUCCGCGCCGCUCGCUGCCUGGCGGAGCAGGGCUACGCGCACGGCUUCGACGUGGGCUGCGCCAGCCCAGAGGAGCGUGCGCGGGGGCUGGCGGCAGGCAUCGCGCUCUACGACAAGGCGCUGGGCUACGGGCAGCAGAUCCCGAUGGAGGAGAAAAGGGGCUGGUAUUUCACCAUGGCAACACUCUACAUCAGGCUAGAUGGUAUCUUCCUGGAGCUGGGCAGUGAGGAGCAGAAGAGGCUGCCCGCCUUCAACCGCACGUUGGCUCUGCUCCGGCAAGUGCUCAAGUCUGAGGACCCCCGCCACCAAGAGACCCUCUCCCACCCUUCACCCCCAGCCCUGGCCUGGUGCUACCUCGGGAUGCUGCUGGAGCGGAAUGACACCUUCUCCACCACCCCCAUGGGCGUCCAUGACUGCGGGUACUCGGGGACCGAACCUCUGGACUGCUUCGGCAAGGCCAUCGAGAUCGCCAAGAACCAGCCUCCCAUCCUGAAUCGCCUGGCCAAAAUCUUCUACUUCCUAGGAAAGCAGGAUAUGGCCAUUGGAACCUGUAACAUGGCCCUGGAUGUCCUACAAGAUCCAGAGCUCAACUGGCAGGCGUACUGCACAAGGGCCAAGAUCCACAUCAGAGCCUACCUGCACGACCUGGAGCGGGCCAAGAUGGGUCUCGGGGGCAUGCCUGACAGGAACCACCUGGCCUGUGCCAAGGCUGACCUAGAGGAAGUGGUCAGGGUGUGCCCAGGCUUCAAGGCGUACCUGGACAUCGGCCAGGUCUACUACUACAUGGGCGUGGACGCAGUGCAGGAGCUGCUGGCGGUGGACGAGGCGGCGCUGAACCAGGCGCUGGUGUUCCUGGCCAAGGCGGGCGAGUCGGAGCUGGGUGCCACGCUGCCCGAGCUGCAGCUGCUGCGCGGCAAGUGCCUGCGCAUCAAGGGCGAGGACGCCAACGCGGCGGCCUGCUUCAAGCGCGCGGUGGAGCUGGACGACGCGGGCUCCAGCCACACCGAGGGCUUCGGCUGCCUGCUCGAGGCGCUGCUGGCGCAGUGGAGCCAGGCACAGAUGAGCGACUGCGAGCUGGGCCGCGAGGUGGACGCCUGGCUACGCCGCGCCCAGGACAAGUACCCUGCGGCGCGCCUGCGCCAGGAGCUGCAGCGCGUGUGGCGCGGGCACACGGACGAGGUGCUGGGUCUGGCCCGGGCCCUGGUGGCCCAGGGACGGCUGGCGCUGGUGCGGCUGCUCUUUGAGACUAUGGAGCGCGAGGGCGAGGGCGCCAGUGCGCCGCGGGACCGCCGGGCGGUCUCCUUCUAGGAUGCGGGUGCCCAGGCCGGAGGCUCCCAGGGACCCCGCCCAGGCCCCGCCCAGCUGGUGGGACCAGGUCUGGACGGACCCCCUGCCUUAGGCUGGCCUGGGAGCGGAGCCAGUUCGAUUCUCUGUCAGGAAUUGUGAAUGGGGAUGUUGUGACACCCGGGCGGUUUGAAAUGCCCACCCAGACUGGAGGGCCUGAGAGCAGAAGAGGCUGGGAGCAGAGGUGAGAAAACACUGGGAAGCUGCCAAUUGAGGGACAGAAUUUUCUAGACAUACAGGUAAAAUAAGAUGGUUGUGAGGCUCCUGAGAGAAACAGAAGACAGUUACCUCAGUGUGUCUGUUUUCUAGUCCAGGGACUCAGUCCCUCAGGCCUGCGAGCCUGUCUUUGGACUCCCGUGGGCUUCACUCUAUCCUUAUGUGAAAGUCCCCUUUACUUUAGUUGACUGGAGUGGGGUCUGAGCUCCUGCAGCCAGAAAAGCCCUGGCUAAAGCAGAGGUCAAGACUGCACCGCUAGUGAGUUACGGAACAGCGCCCUAGCCUAAGCCUGGUCCUCCAGGCUCAUUCCUACCUCUCUGCCACUUUUCCAGCAGGCCUCCUCCUUGGUCAACUUGGCCUGAAAGGCCUCCCAAACGCUCUGAAUAGAGCCCAUCAACAGAACAUUCACUUGACUUCCCUGCUCUUGGGGGAACUAGGGGCCCCACCCUUUAGGAGGUACAACCUGCCCCCAGUCUUUUUUUUUUUUUUUUUUUUUGAGACAGAGUUUUGCUCUUGUUGCCCAGGCUGGAGUGCAA